CGCAACGUCAUACUUGACCUGUGACGUCUGCCGUUUUUUCCACCCAACAACCUAUUCUCACUUUCGAUACUCGCUUUGCACCCCCCUCCCCCAAUCUUAGCACGUCCCCGUGUACGCAUUCAGAGAGGCCACAACUACGCAAUACCUCUGUUUUUGCUGGAGGUCACAGAGAGACAACAUUUCCUCCCCAAUCUUCGCGUCGUCGAUCGUUGAAAGUUACUCCAUUCCCGUGCCGCUUCCAACUCAGAGGAGCGCUGCUAUAGCGUAGCUGCUGCCUCUGACGGACUAACCAACCUUCUUUGCCGUCGCCGUCGCUGCUUUGCCUGUCUCGUCCGCGUUGUGCACGAGGAUCGGGUCUUUCUCCUCCCCUUCCUCGCUUCCAUUCAGACAAGCUCUCCCGCUGCGUGUUGUCCUCUGACCUCAUUCGGCUUUUUACCACCGCCAUACAUCAUCCCUACCCUGCUACCGUCACCUUUUUGCCUUCGGCGCCCACCCCACAAACGUCAACAACCCUCUUUUCACCUUAGUAUAAUACAUCAUCGUCGUCAUCAUGGGGACUUCACCGAAUGAUGCCUCGACCAGGGGUGAUACGAAGUCGCCCAAACAAUCCAACAAUGCCACUCCGCCGCGGCAAGAUUCCAUCCCCGAAGUGAAACAGCCCGACCCAAGCUUGAAGCCCGAUGCUGACGGCGCGAAACCUCUCGGUCCUCCCCCUCGACCUGGACAGACCACUGGAAAUACUCCCGACUACUUCGGCGGCGGAGCCGCUGGAUCUCUCAGCCUGGAGCCCAAUCCUUUUGAGCAGUCUUUCGGCGGAGGCGCGCCAGAGACACCCGGUGGUACGAAAUUGCCGUCUGUUGCUGCUCUGACUUCGCCCUCUUCUUUGCUUCCCGGCAGCGGCGCAACUCCUUUUAACUGGGGAGGUGGUUCUUUGCGAACUGGCCCCCUAAGCCCGGCCAUGUUAUCGGGUCCGACGAGCGACUACUUCAGCGACUCGCAUCAUCUUCGAGGCGGAUUCCCGACUCCGAACGAGUCCUCAUUGAGGACUGGCUUGACUCCGGGCGGCAGCGGUUCCAUGUUUCCUGCUCCGAGCCCCAAUUCUCAACAACUGUUUGCCCAGCUCGCCAGCGGCGGUGCCACACCUAGCACCAUCGAUUUCCACCGUACUGCAUUGAGUGCUGCGGCUAAGCGUGAAAACCAGAAUCAAAAUCAGAGCCAGCAACAGCCUGCGGUUACCUCACAACCCCAAGAUAUGCCCAACGGUGCGCCUACUGUCAAGGCCGAAGCAAAGCAAUUUGAUCCACACGACAACGACGCUGCGAACGGUCUGUUUAUGCUCGCCCAAGGUAGAAACGGCGCCCAAGCUCCUGUAUACGCGACUACAACGCAACCCCAACCCCAGUCCCAGGCUCAGACCCAGACUCAAACUCAGUCACAGUCCCAGCCCCAGCCGCACCCGGCUGCCGCUCCUUCAAAGAGAAUCGACACGUCUCCCCAGAUGAGUGUCAACGGUGCUGGGUCAGUAGGCGCCGGAUCUUCAGUGCGAGGUGUCAGCGAGGGCGGGAGCGCCAUGUCAGACGAGAGUGAGCAAGCCCGUCCCUCUGCUAGAGGCAAGGGCAAGCGUAAUUCGACUGGAGGUGCUUCGACGAAUGGCCGCCGGAAAGCCGAGGAGCCCCUGGCUAAGGGCCCCCCAAGCAAGAAGUCCAAGCCGAAUAACGCACCACCUCCUGACAUGAACGGCGAUGACAGCCACUCCGACGAUGAUGACGACAUGAAACAUGAGAACGGGGAGGGUGGAUCCAAGUCCAAAAUGACAGACGAGGAAAAACGCAAGAACUUCUUGGAGCGCAACAGAGUUGCUGCCCUUAAAUGCCGCCAGCGCAAGAAGCAAUGGCUGGCCAACCUUCAGUCAAAGGUUGAGUUGUUUAGCAGCGAAAAUGAUGCCUUGACGGCUCAGAUAACACAGUUGCGAGAGGAGGUUGUCAAUCUCAAGACAUUACUUCUCGCCCAUAAGGAUUGUCCCGUCACUCAGCAACAGGGCCUACACGGUGCUUUCAUGCAACAGGCAAUGGAGCCCUUCAAUCCGCAGAUGAACCCAUACGGCAUGGCUGCUCCUAUGUCGAACCAGCAGGUUCUCGCAGCAGGGCAGGGUGUGCAGCGACGCUUUUCAUAGGACGACAAGGUGUCGUACGACUGCACCUUUGACCCCGAGGAGAUCGAGCAGAUGGAGUCUUCGUCUUAUCCUCGAUCAUCUCGCAGCGAUCACUGCUCCCAGCCUGUGCUCAGCUAACAUCCAGAUGUCGAGUUUUACGCUGCUUCUUUCUUUUUGGCUCAGCCUCGACUUGCGGUUUAACUGUAUCAUUUUUAUACGACACUCGUGCCCCACCAUCUCACCAUCUCACCAUGGCUUCGCUUCUCCUGCUUGCUUACGGGGACUUGAUGAGGUUGAGCUGUACAGUAACAGGAGCAGUCCUCCUCGGACUGGAGUGAGGAGGUCGGCUGGCGUCAUUGGCUUGGGUUGCCAGGAUUGCAUUCGCCCUUCAUUGAAAGGUGCUGGAUGUGAGGCAUAUACAUUAAAAGGAGUUAACGGUUUGGCAACGUACUGAAAGGCGGGAGGCGUCGAGGGGUGGAAGCCGGAAUUACAUCGUCUUCCGCUGGUUUGGCUGAUUUGAUUUUAAUUUUGAACGUGGCAAUGGUAACAAUAGCUGCAUGAUUGGCAAUGCCUUGAAAUAAAUUCCUUUGAUCCAAC